AUGACCUCAUACCACGAGCCAUCAGCAUUCAAAAGCAUUUAUUCGCACGGCGCCAAUAUUCCGUCGACAUUUGAAGUCUCACCAUACACGUCAGCAUUCCACUUGCCUGUUAUUCAUCCGGCACUGCUAUCAAAUUCUCAUUUAUUGCAUUUAAGUACCUACAACCCAUCCCCUUAUGAUCCAACCGAUCGUCUAUUCGAACAAAACAACAAUAGCGAUAAAGCGGAAUCAUCAUGCUCAUCUCGUGACAGCAUCCAUGAUUCAUCCUCACCAAACUCGACUGGUGGAAGUAGCCGUGAUAAUGUGAUUGUUCGGAACGAAACGAAAAGAAAGAAGGAUCAAGUCAAGGAUGAAGCCUAUUGGGAGAGAAGGCGAAAGAACAAUGAUGCGGCAAAACGGAGUCGAGAUCAGAGAAGACAAAAGGAGGAUGAAAUGGCUUCGCGUGCUGCCACAUUGGAAAGUGAGAACAUGCGUUUGAGAAAUGAGCUCAACCAACUGAGAGCUGAAACUGAUCAUCUGAAAUCGCUAAUUUUGGCACCGUCAACCUCAAUAACCAUGCCAAUACCUAUGCAUCCGACGACCACCUUACUGACCGCAAAAGCGCACUCAGUGAUCACGACGAGUCAAGUUUUCGCCCCAUUGUCGCCUGUUCAAAUUCCUGAAACGUCACCUCCAAUUGUGCGUAGCACAGAAAUUAUGUCUGACACUCCAAACGCAGCUGCUCCAGUUGUCGAACUAUCGAAAGAAGAGAACAUGGACACUUCGACCAACGAUGCUGUUGAGCCGCCGAAACCAGCUCAAGAUAUUGAAAAUGUUGCCCCAAAUGAUGCUGCUACUCCAGCUGCCGCUGCACCGGCUCCAGCUGCUGCUCCGGCUCCCGCUGCUCCAGCCACUCCAGCUCAGCCACAGGCAAACGCUAAUGCUCGCGCCUUGAGUUCGGUUCCGACGAGACAGUACCUGGAUCAGACAGUUGUCCCAAUUUUGCUUCAGGCUCUCGGAGCUCUCGCCAAAGAGCGUCCAGAGAAUCCGAUAGAUUUUCUCGCCAACUUCUUGCUCCGCGAAAAGGACCGCUAUCAGACUUCAGAUCAGGCUUAA